AAUACAACUUUAUUAAAGGACAUACACCAUGUGAGUACAAAAUAAACCAAAAUAAUUACAUUUCAUGAACUGAAGGUGUAAAAACAACACAGACAUACUGUGUAAUUACAAAGUAGUGAUGGCUAAUGUGUUAGCAAACAAUUGCCUAUUUACACAUCCAGAAUAUACAGAGCAACAUUAGCAUUCCCUUUGAGUCAUGUCUGUUCAACAGUUACUAACUUUGUUUGUCAUUUGGUGCUGGGCAGGAAGCAUAUGAUAGGUUUACACAUUAGACUACAUUAUCCACAGCGGAUAUCUCCUCCUCCUUUUCUUGCAAGGGGCUGAGUUUUAACGUCCAGGCAUAGACCAUGUGAAUUUCCUGUUUUGAAGUGGGCCAGCACUGAAUUGCACAAUCAUCAAAAUCCCAGCACAAUGACUCAGUAGCCUGAAAUCGGUUGACUUGGUGGCUGCCUGGGCAACAGUGUGGUUUGGUCUCCUCCACAAGGGCAGCGCAGUCCCGCUCCCUCGCCUGUUUUACAUCGCGCAGUGUACCUUUAAAAGGUUGAACUCGCCGGUUUACGGUCUGCGAGCACUGGCCUGCCUCCCCUGCUCGGCUCAGCUGUGUGUACCUUCCAGCAGUGACAUGGCAUAGAGGCGCUGUGCUGUAAGCAGCAACAGCAGCAGCAUCCUGCACCAUGGACGCUCUCCGACAGUCGAAGCGGAGCGGUGUCUGCGCGGCGCUGGACAUGAUGAUGCCCGUCUGGAUUUUACUAAGCACCGUGUCCGGGCUGAAGGCGGAGGACGACGGAAUGGAAGAACUUGCCACCGAGAAGGAGGCUGAGGAAAGUCACAGACAGGACAGCGUUAAUUUGCUGACAUUCAUUUUACUGCUGACCUUAACCAUUCUCACCAUAUGGCUCUUCAAGCACAGACGGGUCCGUUUCCUUCACGAAACCGGGCUGGCAAUGAUUUACGGUUUGCUGGUGGGUGUGAUUCUGCGAUACGGCAUCCCUGCCACCAGCUACCACAACAAGACACCACCGAGCUGCUCGCUGAAGGAAGGGCCUGCCAGCACCCUGCUGCUUAAUGUCAGUGGCAAGUUCUUUGAGUACACCCUCAAAGGGGAGAUCAACUCCAGAGAGAUCCACAAUGUGGAGCAGAAUGAUAUGCUGCGCAAGGUGACAUUUGACCCUGAAGUAUUUUUCAACAUAUUGCUGCCUCCUAUUAUUUUCCACGCUGGAUACAGUCUAAAGAAGAGACACUUCUUCAGGAAUCUGGGCUCCAUCAUAACAUAUGCGUUUCUUGGCACUGCCAUCUCAUGUUUUGUGAUUGGGAAUCUGAUGUACGGUGUGGUCAAACUGAUGCAAGUGGUCGGGCAGCUGACUGACAAGUUCUACUACACUGACUGCCUUUUCUUCGGUGCCGUCAUCUCUGCCACAGAUCCAGUGACAGUGUUGGCCAUUUUUAAUGAGCUCCAUGCAGAUGGGGAUCUCUACGCUCUGCUGUUUGGGGAAAGCGUCAUGAAUGAUGCUGUUGCUAUCGUGCUCUCCUCGUCUAUUGUGGCUUACCAGCCCAGUGGAACAAACACGCACAUGUUCGAUGCCUCUGCCUUUUUCAAGUCAGUGGGGGUUUUCUUGGGUAUUUUCAGCGGCUCCUUUGUGAUGGGUGCAGCCACAGGAGUCGUCACUGCUCUCGUCACCAAGUUCACCAAACUGCACUGCUUUCCGCUGCUGGAGACGGCCCUCUUCUUCCUCAUGUCCUGGAGCACCUUCUUGCUGGCCGAGGCCUGCGGGUUCACAGGCGUCGUGGCCGUGCUGUUCUGUGGCAUCACGCAGGCUCACUACACCUACAACAACCUCUCUGAAGAGUCCACAAAGCGCACCAAGCAGCUCUUUGAGGUCCUUCACUUCCUAGCUGAGAAUUUCAUCUUCUCCUACAUGGGCUUGGCUCUCUUCACCUUCCAGAAUCACAUUUUCAGCCCCAUCUUCAUCAUAGGGGCUUUUAUUGCCAUAUUCAUCGGAAGAGCUUUCAACAUUUACCCACUCUCUUUCCUCCUCAACCUCGGCCGGAGGCACAAGAUCAAAGGAAACUUCCAGCAUAUGAUGAUGUUUGCAGGUCUGCGAGGUGCGAUGGCGUUUGCCUUGGCCAUCCGGGACACGGCCACCUACGCCCGACAGAUGAUGUUCACCACCACACUGCUCAUUGUCUUCUUCACGGUCUGGGUGUUCGGUGGUGGGACCACGGCCAUGCUGUCCUGGCUACAUAUCAGGGUUGGUGUGGACCCAGAUCAAGACCUGCAGCCUUGUGGAGACAGUUUCCAGGUCUUACAGGGGGAUGGAUCUCAGGCUGAGGGACAGAGUAAAACCAAACAGGAGAGCGCGUGGCUCUUCAGACUGUGGUACACCUUUGAUCACAAUUACCUGAAGCCCAUUCUGACACACAGCGGUCCGCCUCUCACCUCUACUCUGCCCAGCUACUGUGGGCCGCUGGCGAGCUGUCUGACCAGCCCCCAGGCAUACGAGAACCACGAGCAGCUGAGGGACCACGACUCUGACCUCAUCCGUAACGACAGCGACCUGACCUACACAUUUGGUGACACGGCCAUCACGGCCAACGGUGCGUCUGGCAGCGGUGGGGAUGGUGCCGGGGGGUCGGGCUGGAGCGUGAAUGGAAAAAGGAGCGGCAGCACAUCAGAGGAGGCGCUGGAGCGUGAGCUGGACUCCCGCGAGCAGGAGCUGCUGAGCCGCGGCACACGCCUGGUUUUCCCCAUAGAGGAUCAUGUCUGAUCCUCCCUUCCCCCCUCCCCCCCUCUGCCUGCACCGUCAACCUCCCUGACCUGACCCCCAGACCGCCUCGUCCCCAGCUCUCUCCACAUCCUGCGGGCAGAGCGUCCAGUCCUUCAGAGAUAAGACAAAGUGGAGAUAUGGGAGUAGACAAGAAGGGGAGGGUUCAGAGCGACUCUGAGCUCCCUCCAGGCCUGAGGAGAAGAGCUCAAGGAGCAUUUCAUCCUCAUUACAGAGAUGGAGUUUAUUCUCCAGGAGACAUGUGUCCUCAAGUGCAUCACAAGAGAGAUUCUCAGCGCUGUUAUACUGUGAUUCAGUUUUACUGAUGUUUCCUCCGCAUGAACAGGAGGGAGACCUUUAUGCAGGAUGUGGGGAUGAAAUAUCCCCAUGCAAGAUUGAAUCUGCACUUUCAAACAUGUGACAUUUUGUGUGGAAAAGAGGAAGAAAAAUGAAAUAUUUCCUGGUAGCACUCUCUCAUCAUAUGAUCUGAGUGCAUCAGCCAGCACUGCAGAUGCUACAAAGAGGCCACGCAAACCAAAAGUGAUUAGUUUAGAGGUCAAACAGGAGUUCUUUGGUAAAUGCGUAUCAUUAAUCCCAUGCUGCUAAUACACCAGUGUUUGGUAUGUUUGUGACCAUUCUCUUUGUGUCACACAAAACCAUCUGUGUGGUGGAGAUUGUGGCAUGUGAGGAGGUCAGAGCGGGACGGUGACUGCGUUGCCUUCUCGGCCACCACGGACUGUCAUGGGUGAAGUAACAGGACUGAGGAAUGUGAGCAUGUAAAUAGCUACAAUGCUGAGCUUUGUUCCUUUUUAGUGGGGCUGCUCAUUGCAUCACAUGACUGUUACACAUAGCAUCUGUGUAUUUUGUCUUUGUGUUGGCCUGCAUCUUUUGUGUGUGUGCGAUGGACUGACUGUCACAACAAUAACCUGAAUUGUUUUGAUGCUAAUUAUAUUGUUUGUUAUGAAAUAAUUCUGAUUUCCCAAAACUUAAAAAAAUAUCGACAUGAAAUAUUCACUCUUGUGAUUUCACCAGUGUAAAGUAAAGGACAGGCUUUCAUUCUAAAUUUUGAUUGCUUUGCAAAAAUGAUGUAUUUGUCUACUCAUUUUUCCAAGGAUUUAAAAGGAUCAGAAGCAUCCAGUGAAGUAAGGCCGCAAAUUAUUUUCAUUGAAAAUUUAUUUUUUGAGGAUUUUUGUGUCUAAUUGAUUAGCAGUUUAGUCCAGUUCAUAAAAAGUAAAACAAUAGUAAGUGAUGUCUACCACAGAGCCUAAGGUGAUGCCUUUAAAUUUCUUGUUUUUUUUUCUAAUCAAAUCCCCAAAAAUAUUCAGUGAACUAUCAUAUAUGACAAAGGUAGUUUCACACUGGAGAAGCUGGAACCAGUGAAUGUUUGACGCUUGUGCUUGAAAAAUAACUGGAAUGAUUCAUUUUAAUUCAUUUCAAAUUAAUAGACUAACUAAUCAGUUCAUGUUUUCAUCUCAGCGAGGCACUCAAGCUAAAUGUAGUGAGUGGUGUGAUGACCUGUUUGCACAGGUCACACUGAGUUCAUGCAGGAGCAACAUAAGACAGACAGCAAAGGACUUCUUCAAACUCUGUGGAGUGUUAAAGUGUUAAAAUUAACCUCAGAACAAAACAGAAGAAGUGAUUGCACAUAAUUUCACUAAGCAGUACUAACCCUUAACUUUCAUCAGCAGGAUGUAUACUCAUAAACAGUGGUGUGUAUGGAUUGUUUUACUAAUGUCAGCUAAUUUAUGUUCUUUUGUUUUGUUUUGUUCUGUUUUUGUGUAAAUCUUGUGUCUCACCUGUUGUGCCUAAACCUUAGUUCCUGGGUUUAUGGUAAUAUACAAUAACAGACAUAAAUUCCUCAUCUGUGUUGUCCUAUUAUUGUUUGAAGGCUGUUUGAAAGUUCACAUUUGUCAAUGUACAUUUUUAUUUAUCAUGCAAUGCAUUUGAACAUCUUUUGAAUAUGGUUAUGUUAAAGCAAAAGUUAGGUGUUUUGGGAAAUAUGCUUCAUAACCUUCAGAUUAGCUUGAAACACACUUAAUUCUGGGAGAAUAGUUUUUUUUACAAACUGGUAAGAAAAUUGACACUGUCCAAUAAAUGUUAAGAUACAACCAAUAGCUGGUUAGCUUAGCACAAAGACCUGGAAGGACCUUCAAACUUAGCCUGGCUAGCUGUUUCUACUCUGUUUCAAGUCUUUAUGCUGAGCUAACCAACCGCUGGCUGUAGCUUCAUAUUCACUGUACAGACACAAGAGCAGUGUCAGUCUUCUCAUCAAACUCUCCACCAGUACGCUAGUAAGCGUAUUUCCCAAAAUGUCAAACUACUUCUUUAAACUCAGACUUCACUUACACAUUUUGACAGUCACUGCACAUAAAUAACUGUAACAUAAGAAAUUUCCCUAAGCUUUGAUUACAUGUAACCUAAGUACUCAUUUUCUGAAAAUGUUGCCCAGUUAAACUUUACUAAACGGGAACACACAAUGUUCUCUUCAGGAGUCUUGACUGUAAAAUCAUGUGAAUAUCCUGGAGUCCGGUGUGUUGUCUCGACAGUAGAUAGAUUUCUGUGUCUACAGCAGGUGUUUUACAUUAAAUACAGCACACAGUGUGACAUUAUUCCACCUGUGGCCCAGUUCCUACCAGCUACACACAGCAGUCUUAAAUGAGAUAACUGGUUUAAGGCUUGACUCCAACAAUCAAAUCCUCAGUAAGAGACUGUGGCUUUGGGACAUUUUCCAUAGCAGGCCACUGAACCUUACUGUUUUCACGCAGGUUGAUUUGCAUAAUGAUUACAUAGAAUUAUAUCUACUGCAUUAGUUACUCUUUCGUGACCCUCUAGUCAUAUUUCCUCCCUGCUUGUGUUAGACAUUUGGGAAUUCAGAGAUUUAUCCGGAUCGUGUAGGCUGGUGGAGCAGCUGGUUGAAUCCACUCCUCGCUCUGGGAGUAGGAGGAGAUUUUCUCUGUCGUCUUGUUUUUCUAGGGCCUGACACAUUUUGUGUUCCCUCUACCAUGUCUAGACAUCUGAACCUCUCCCCGUUUUAAAUUCACCACACAGCACGUGUUGCCUUUUGUUUUCUCCUUCGACUGCACACAGUGGCUGCUGCAUUUAUGUAUGAGUAGAUUAGGGCAGGUGUGAAAGGCGCAAUUGUGCAAGUUGAAUCUGAGGCUUUUACACGAGAGAGAAGCCCCACACGAGUUUUAUGGCUCGCUGCUGGGGGACCUCCAAGAGGAAAUGAAUCUAGUUAUGUAAGCUGUCGCCAAGCUGUAUGCACUGUUGAUCAUUUAAACUCUAGCUGGGGUGAGAAGUAAUGUGAAGCUGUGCUCUAUCUAACAUCUCCUUUCACAGUCUGAUGAUAGGGAAGUUUGUCUGCAUUAAGGGCACUGAAAUAACCACUUGUUCGCCAUUUUGUCUCAAUAAACCAUUGGUGUUAGACGCUCACCCCAUCUCUGUGAUAUGGACAGGUUGCACAGCCCCUCUAAUACACAGUAUAACCUAUAGUAGAUAUUAUAGUGUCUCUGGAAUGUGAAAAACAGACAAUACUGUGAUUUUUGAACAUAUCUGCCUGGGAUUUCCCCUCCUGUAUUGUCUAACAUAGGUGCAGAAAGGAAGACAGGAGGGGGACUCGCAUUUGCCGACAUGUCUGGGACAAACUGUCUGGAGGUUUGCUUUGAGAAGUGGGAGCAUUUCAUGACAGCAACAACACAGACGACUUGAAUGAUGGCUGCAGGGAAAUAAAUGAGCAGAGUUUGACACUUUACCUCAAGCAGAGGACACUGGCGGGACUCUUAUAUAACCUUCAUGUGCACUCUCUCUCUCCCUCUCUCUCAGACUGUUGUGCUGUCAGUUGUCUUGCUGGCUAUAUUUACAUGCUCUCUGUACCUGAGAAAUAUGAGAGAUGUAGCUCAACUGUCAAUAUGUGGACCUGUUGUUUCUAGUAGCAGCUGGCUGCCAGGAUCUACCUGCCAUGGUUUGCAUGUUAAUAAAAGUUGUCAAAUUAUGAGCCAUCAGGUUGUGAUGUUUGGUGCGUCUUGGUCUACAAAACCGUCAAAGGAAGUCGCCUACUUAUUUCUGUGGCUUUUUUUUUUUUUUUUUUUUUUUUUUUUUUACCAUGAAUGCAGAUAUCUGCAUAAUUUCAUGCAAUGCUACCAAAACAAUUCAUAUGUCAAAUUGUGUGUAAUUCUCUGCAGAUGUCUGCUUUUCUUACAUGUAACUGUUACACUUCAUGAGUUAUUAAUAUUAAACACAAUACCCACAGA